AUGUACAAAGCAAGUCCUAGAAGAGGUGUAAAUUUGGAGAAGAGCAAGAGUGUAAGAGAGAAAGAGACUAAGCAAAACUCAAAUUUCUUUACGAAACACAUAAAGAGGAUCUAUCCGAUCACGCUUCAACGUAGUACUUCUUCUUCUUUCUCACUCAAUUCUAUAUCUCUUUCGCUCUCUCAAAACUCGACCGAUUCUUUUGCCACGGAUUCAACUUCCACGUUGGAACAAAGAAUCUCUCUAGCACUCGGGUUGAUCUCAUCUCCACGCAGAAGAGAAACAUUUGUUCCAAAAAGUAUCCCGCAGCAACAAGAACAACAGCUACAUCAGGAGUUAGAUAGUGAACCAAAAAGGUGUAACUGGAUCACCAAGAAAAGUGAUGAAGUCUACGUAACGUUUCAUGAUCAGCAAUGGGGAGUCCCUGUCUAUGAUGAUAAGUUGCUUUUUGAGUUCCUUGCCAUGUCGGGGAUGUUAAUGGACUAUAACUGGACCGAGAUCUUAAAGCGUAAAGAACUCUUUAGAGAGGCAUUUUGUGAGUUUGACCCAAAUCUGGUGGCCAAAAUGGGGGAGAAAGAGAUCACAGAGAUUGCUUCAAACAAAGCAAUAAUGUUGCAAGAAAGCAGAGUCAGGUGUAUAGUUGACAAUGCCAAAUGCAUAGUCAAGGUAGUCAAGGAAUUUGGAUCAUUCAGCAGCUUCGUAUGGGGCUUUAUGGAUUACAAACCGAUCAUCAACAAAUUCAAGUAUUCAAGAAAUGUACCAUUGAGAUCUCCCAAGGCUGAGAUAAUUAGCAGAGAUAUGAUCAAACGUGGGUUUCGAUUCGUUGGUCCAGUGAUCGUACACUCGUUCAUGCAAGCUGCAGGAUUAACAAUCGAUCAUCUCGUUGAUUGCUUUAGACAUGGUGACUGUGUGAGCCUAGCUGAGAGACCAUGGAGGCAUAUGUGA